AUGGAUAAGGAGAAUCCAACGCAACCCACAGUCGCAGCCGUAGGAGCUUCCGAAGAAGAGGGUACAAAGAUUUCAAAAAGUGCUCGUCGGAGGCAGCGUCGUAAACUGAUGAAGAAGCAAAUUGAGGCUAGGAAGCUGACGGAACAGACAGGAAAGAAAGGAGGCGCAGCUGCUGAAAAUUCCAAACCUCAGAAUGUUCCAAAGGCUGGAUCGCAGUAUGCACCGCAGAACGCAGCGCCAAACGAGGGCACUCAAGCAGCAUCAACAACUCCAACAACCCCUGGUAGCGGGAAGAAGAAAAAAAAGCGCAACAACAAGAAGAAUAGCCAAUCACCCAACAAUGGAGCUCAAAACUCUAAUGGAAAUGAAUUCAAAGAGGAUAAAGCUUCUAUUGAGAGUACUCCAGUGAAGGAAACGGCGGCUCCAAAAUCGGAAGAGAAAUCGCAGGCUCCGAAUGGAAAACAGCAGGCAAAGCGUAACGCAAAGAAGAAGAACAAAACUGAUCAGGCCCAAUCGAAGACUGGAAGUUCCCCUGCACCCGUUGCGAACGAGGCUACAAAACCAAAACAGCCGAAUCCAAAGAAUGGAAAGAAAGCACAAAAUGGCAAGAAACCUGAAAAACUGCCGACAAUUCCCUCGAAACCAGGAGCUGGUGAGGAGAAACCGAAGGACAACAAACCUUCCCAAACCAAGGCGGCACCGAAGGCCUCGAAUGGACAAUCACAAAAGUCGAAUAAAACGGAAGCAAAGUCUAACUCUCAACCCAAGAAGGCAGACACAACAGCACCGGCUGGAACGGCACCGAAGGCCACAAAUGGGCAAUCACAAAAGUUGAAUAAGAUGGAAGCAAAGUCGAACUCUCAGCCCAAGAAGCCAGACACAUCAGCACCUACUGAAAAGAAAUCCCCGAAAAAACAAAACAAAAGAAAGUCUAAUCCACAAGCGGUGAAGAAGACAGAAAAGGCUACCUCUGAGAAGGCAGCUACAGCUUCAAAGAAGCCAGAGGUUAAGAAUUCGGUUCCAACUGCUACAGCUUCAGUGGAGCCAGAGGUUAAGACUGGGGUACCAACUGUUAGCUCUAAAUCAUUGGACACAGCAGCUUCCGUUUCUAGAUCAAUCGAUGCCUACAGUGACGAACAACCACCAAAGGACGAAAAGUGCGAGUGCAAUGCUUGUGUAAUCUCCUAG